UACGCUUAUAUGCCUACAUCCUCCCUGUUUUCUCCCCUCCUGCGGAGAGUUCUCAUUUUGGCCCCAUUUUUUUUCCGCUUAUAUGCCUACAUAUCACAUGAUUACCCCCUCCUACAGAAACGAAAUUUGAUCAAAAAUUUGACACAGAAUCUGAGGAUGCAGGAAAAUCUACCUAAAUCAAAAAAAAUAAGAACUCGUAGUGAUACAAAACUUAAUCCAGAUUCAGCACAGGGAGUUAUGGGAUUAGAAAUAACAAGUUUGUUAGAAAACUCGAAAACAGACGAAUCUGGUGAUUCUAAUAAUGGCAUGGAAAGUAAUGCUUCACCACGAAUUUACAUUUUACAAUAUUGAUUUUUUGUUUCUUUAUCUAAUUCAUUUUAAUUAAACUAUAUAUUUAAAUUUGCGAUUGUUUUUAAAGAAAAUAUGUAUAAAAAAUAAAAUUUU